AUGCAGGCGCUGAACAUCACGGCGGAGCAGUUCUCCCGGCUGCUGAGUGCCUACAACCUGACUCGGGAGCAGUUCAUUCAGCGCUAUGGCCUGCGGCCGCUGGUCUACACCCCCGAGCUGCCCGCGCGCGCUAAACUGGCCUUCGCGCUGGCAGGAGCACUCAUUUUUGCCCUGGCGCUCUUUGGCAACUCUCUGGUGGUCUACGUGGUGACCCGCAGCAAGGCCAUGCGCACCGUCACCAACAUCUUCAUCUGCUCCCUGGCGCUCAGCGACCUCCUCAUCGCCUUCUUCUGCAUCCCCGUCACGAUGCUCCAGAACAUCUCCGACAAGUGGCUGGGUGGUGCCUUCAUUUGCAAGAUGGUGCCGUUUGUCCAGUCCACUGCAGUCGUGACAGAAAUCCUCACUAUGACGUGCAUUGCUGUAGAGAGGCACCAAGGCCUUGUCCAUCCUUUUAAAAUGAAGUGGCAGUACACCAACCGAAGGGCUUUCACAAUCUUGGGUGUGGUCUGGUUGGUGGCCAUCAUCGUCGGCUCACCCAUGUGGCACGUGCAGCGACUUGAGAUUAAGUAUGACUUCCUAUAUGAAAAAGAACAUGUCUGCUGCUUGGAAGAAUGGGCCAGCCCCGUGCACCAGAAAAUCUACACCACCUUCAUUCUCGUCAUCCUCUUCCUCCUGCCUCUCGUGGUGAUGCUUGCCCUCUACAGUAAGAUUGGCUAUGAACUGUGGAUCAAGAAAAGAGUGGGAGACAGCUCAGCGCUCCAAACUAUUCAUGGGAAAGAAAUGUCCAAAAUAGCCAGGAAGAAGAAGAGGGCUGUCGUGAUGAUGGUGACAGUAGUGGCUCUCUUCGCGGCAUGCUGGGCACCUUUCCAUGUUGUUCACAUGAUGGUUGAAUACAGUAAUUUUGAAAAAGAAUAUGAUGAUGUCACAAUCAAGAUGGUUUUCGCUGUAGUACAAAUCAUUGGGUUUUUCAACUCCAUCUGUAACCCCAUUGUGUACGCGUUUAUGAAUGAAAACUUCAAAAAGAAUUUCUUGUCUGCAGUUUGCUAUUGCAUAGUGAAAGAAACCUUCCCUCCAGCACGGAAGCAUGGGAAUUCUGGAAUUUCAAUGAUGCAAAAGAGAGCAAAGUUAUCCCGACAACAGCGUCCAGUAGAAGAAACCAAAGGAGAUGCAUUCAGCGAUGCCAACAUCGAGGUCAGAUUAUGUGAGAAUCCGGGAGAGAAAAUGCAGCUCAAGCGACAGCUUGCCUUCUUUAGUUCUGAAGUUUCUGAAAAUUCCACUUUCGACAGUGGACAUGAAUUGUAA